AUGGUAGCUGAUAGAACCUUUCAAAAAAAGUUAUAGAAGUUCCAAAAUUUUGUGUAGAAGUUUGCAAUUUCCCCUUUCCUGUGGUUUUUCUUAGAUUUUUGUUUUGUUUGUUAAAUCUCAGGUCGUCCAUUUAUAACUGGACAAAAUUUGAUUACAGUUUUCAACUGGGAUAAAGCAUUCUGAAACAAAAAACAUUUAGUGUUGCAAACAGGACAGCAAGGGAAAUAGAUUUUAUUAAUUCACCCUUUUGUGUGUGAAAGAAAUUAGGGCAAAAAAGUUUAACUUACUUAUUUAGUUACUAUUGGUUGCAUUUUUUUAGGUGUAGAUGAAUAGGUGUAGAUGGCUCCUGCAGGAUGAAUGCUGGAAAGAGGAAAGCCCAAAAUCCAUAUUUUGCAGAUAAGAAGUUUGUACCAAGAAUUAAAGAGUUCUUGGAAAGUACUGAAAGACAGGCAGAUGUGGAAGAUAUAGUGGAUUAUUUAAGAGGACGAUAUCCAGAGUAUGCUAGGAAGAAAUGGAACACACUGAAGCUAUCUACACUAAAAGCUUUAAAUAAUAUUGAUUUCAAAAACAAUCAGGGUGAAGAAAAAACGAAACAACUGGAAGAACGUUAUUUAAAUAAAAGACAAAAGAGGUCAAGAAGCUAUGACAGCAAGUUUGAAGAUGAUGAUAGUGUGCAAUCGUAUUCUGAUAGUGAUUGCAAUGAUAAUGAAAUGUUAGUGCAGUACAAGGAUACCAAUGUUGUGAAUAAUUCAAUGCAAGAUUUGUACAAAAAUUUGUCUACACAAUCUUCAUCAAGGCCCAUAAAUGAACUCAAAGUAAAAGAUAUUGACAAAGGCAAUUUGAGCUGGACAAUAGAUAAGACACCCACUUAUGCAGAGAAUACAUUCAAGGUUGUGUCUGCAAUUUCACAAGCUAACGAAACACCAACAAAAUUGAGUAAUGGAUUGGAGAGCAUUGAUUCCUCUUUAAAUCCACAAAAAACACCAUCAUCUCAACUAUAUCAAGAUAUCCAUCAUUCUGACAUUGAUUCCAGUGUAAAUGCAGCCAAACUACAACUUUCAACAAUAUCUGAGGAUGAACGUAGUUUACCCUCAAGACCUGCCACUCCUUUGAGUAAAUCCUUAACAAAGUCAGCUAGAAAGAAAAGUGAAAGCUCAAAGCAAAAGAAAUUUGAGCCUGCAGUAUCAAAAGUGUCAUUUAAAGAUGUUGGUGGAUGCGAUGCAUGUUUACAGGAAGUAAGCAAAUUACUGUUUCACCUAAAGCAUCCAGAAGUUUUUAAACAACUUGGUAUAAAACCACCUCGUGGCUUUCUUUUACAUGGUGCUCCUGGUUGUGGUAAAACUCUGUUGGCUAAUGCAAUUGCUGGUGAAUUGCAAAUACCAUUUUUCAAAAUUGCCGCUCCUGAAGUGGUAUCUGGUAUAAGCGGUGAAUCAGAGCAAAAAGUAAGAUCACUUUUUGCUGAGGCUUUGAUGGUAGCACCGAGUAUUUUAUUCAUUGAUGAAAUUGACUCUAUCACACCUAAGAGGGAUACUGCUGGUAAAGAAAGUGAGCGACGUGUGGUGACACAGAUAUUGACCUGCAUGGACGAACUCGCCAGUGCAGAUUCACAUGUACUGGUAAUAGGUGCUACAAACAGAGCUGACUCUCUUGAUCCUGCGUUAAGAAGAGCAGGCCGAUUUGAUAGAGAGAUUGCAAUGGGAAUCCCUGACAAAACAGCCAGAAAGAGCAUUUUAGAAGUUAUUUGUCGAGAUUUGAGAUUGGCUUCAGACUUUAACUAUGAAUUGAUUGCAUCCAAGACACCUGGGUUUGUUGGUGCAGAUAUGCAAGCACUGACAAGAGAGGCUGCUAUGUGUGCUGUAGACAACGCUUUUCAGUUGUUGGGUAACAGUGAACGAUUGGACACAAGCGAUACAAUAAAAACUAAUGCACAGGACAGUGGUUUUAAAGAACCUAAUUCUACAGCAUGGCUUAGAGACCAGCCUCCAUUAUCAAAUGAACAACUUCAAUCUUUAUAUAUUACCACUGAACAUUUCGAGAAAGCAUUGCCGCAUGUGCAGCCGUCAGCCAAACGCGAAGGAUUUGCUACUGUGCCUGAUGUUUCAUGGGAUGACAUAGGAGCUUUGGAAGAUAUACGUGAAGAACUAACUAUGGCUAUUAUGGCUCCAGUGCAAAAUCCUGCGGAGUUUGAAUCUCUUGGGUUGACAACGCCUCCGGGUAUCUUGUUGGCAGGACCACCUGGAUGUGGAAAGACGCUGCUUGCCAAGGCGAUUGCAAAUGAAGCAGGCAUCAAUUUCAUCUCUGUUAAAGGACCCGAGCUGUUAAACAUGUAUGUUGGUGAAAGUGAGAAAGCUGUACGCCAAGUGUUUGAGCGCGCAAGAAACUCGUCACCAUGUGUUAUCUUCUUCGAUGAAAUAGAUGCACUGUGUCCUAGAAGAUCACAGACAGGAGAUUCAAGUGCAAGUUCUCGUGUCGUCAAUCAACUUCUCACAGAAAUGGACGGUCUGCAAGCAAGAAAACAAGUGUUUAUUAUGGGUGCAACAAAUCGGCCAGAUAUUCUUGAUGCAGCCAUUCUUAGACCGGGGAGAUUAGACAAGCUGUUAUAUGUUGGACUCCCCAACGCAGAAGACCGGGUUAAAAUCUUGAAUACAAUAACAAAGGGUGGUGUAAAACCCCGGUUAAGCACUGAUGUCACCUUACGACAAUUAAGUGAGGACGAGAGGUGCGAAGGCUUCAGUGGAGCGGAUCUUCAAGCAUUGGUGCGCGAGGCUUCUGUAGCAGCUUUAAAGGAGUUUAUGAAGCGCCGUUCUGCUCAUGCAGAUGCGGAGAUGGUACCCGAGACAAAUCAGAAGAUACUGACCGACAUUGAGACUUCUUUUAACAGUACCAAUGUUGAGUCAGGUGUUGAAAAAAGUGACGAUGGAAUUAGUCAAACGAAGGUGAAUGAAAUUAAGGUAUCAUCUCAGCAUUUUGAGGUGGCGUUCGAAAAAGUUAAGCCGUCUGUGUCUGGAAGCGAUCGACUUUGGUACGACGAAAUGAAGAAUAGAAACAUACGUAGAAAAUAAAAAAAAUGACAUUUAAUAUGAAAAUAUAUAAUAAUAAAUAUGGAAGUUAAAUAUAAGUAUAUCCAUCAAA